CGCGGAUGGUUCUACAAACCGCUUUUGUUUCGGAUAUUUCUCGGAGUUCUCGGCGCCUCAGCAUUUCCGGUUUUGGGCUUUAAAGUUUUUUUCGGCGAUUGGCGUGUCCGGAAAGUUUUCGAAGCGGAUAAAGUGCAAAACAAAACUAUUUGUCAGGUCAUCAGCCAGGCAGGCGGCACGUGGCCGUCCAAGGACCAAGGUUCCAUUUACCCACAUCAAUAACCAUAUAUCCCGAAGGAUCGGAGCGAUGGCGGCCAGUGCUGGAGCGAGCAGCUGGUCGGGAAGCAGCGGGGGCAGCAACUCCUCCCAAGGACGAUCCAUUGCCACCGCGCAGCCAGCACAGGAGGAGCGAUUAGUGGUUGCUGUUCGAGUUCGACCGAGCUUGGAGGCCACAGAACGAUGCAUUGAAGUCGUUUCCGGCGGCUCACUACUUUACGAUGAUGGUGGCAAAAGUCGACCGCGGCAGUAUUCCUAUGAUCAUGUUUUCCGGGAGAACGACAGCCAGGAGCAGGUGUACAAGACCACCACGGCUCCGUUGGUUAGGGAUGUCCUCAACGGCUUGAAUGCGGCCGUUUUCGCCUACGGAGCGACGGGUUCCGGCAAGACGCACACCAUGCUGGGUCCUGUGCCGCGCAAGAAACCGCAGACCGCCGACCGAGCCCCACCCACCGCCUCCUGCGACUCCUCGGAUGUGAGCAGCAAGGACAUCGGACUAAUGGUGCGCGCCAUAAAGGAUAUAUUCAGUCACAUCGAAUCGGCCGAGGCGGACUCCUGCCGCGUGUCCAUAUCCUAUCUGGAGAUAUACAAUGAGUUGAUCCGGGAUCUGCUGAAUCCGGGCGGACCCUUGGAAUUGCGGGAGGAUCAUCGUGGCCAGCGCAUCACAGUGGCGGGUCUCUCGGAGAUCACCACUGCCAGCAGAAAGGAGGUGGUGGGUCUGUUGCUCAAGGGCAACAAGGCGAGGACCAUGGAGCCAACGGCCGCCAAUCAGACCUCCUCGCGGAGUCACGCCCUCCUGAGCAUCACGGUGCAGGCGAGGACUCCGCUGGGCACCAAGCAGGGGCGGCUCUUCCUCACCGAUCUCGCUGGCUCGGAGCGGGCGAAGAAGACCAAGAAUCGCGGCAAGCGACUGCAGGAGGGAGCGCACAUCAAUCGCAGCCUCUUGGCAUUGGGCAACUGCAUCAAUGCGCUGUCCGGCGGAGCAAGGUAUGUCAACUAUCGCGACUCGAAGCUGACGCGGCUGCUCAAGGAGGCGCUGAGUGGUCGCUGCAAGACCGUAAUGAUUGCCCAUGUGGCGCCGGAGAGCAAGCACCGCGAUGAGACCAAAAACACUUUGGUCUACGCAGAUCGGGCGAACAGCAUCACCACCAAGCUGCAGAACUCCGUGUACAUUGAUGAGUUCAAGGAUUUCCCCACCAAGCACUAUCAGAGUCUCGUUUCGGAGCUGCGCGAUGAGGUUUCGCGCCUGCGCACCAAGAUGCUCACCGAUAGGCCACGAAGUGGAGCAGCUGCAGCAGCAGCGGCGGCGGCGGCAGCCUCACGUUCGGCUGGCGGUUCGGAGCAGGGAACUGCAGCAGGAUCCGAAGCUGGUCAAGAGCAGGACGAGCAGCGCAAGACCGAACUGCGCUACCUUCGCGAACAGAUCGUUCUCACCUUCAAGCAGCAGAUGAAGCUGCGGAGGAAGCUCCUUGAGGCGGAGAGUCAUCUGCUGGGAUUGGAGCUGGAUGCCGAGCGACAGCACAUGAUCAUCUCCCAUUGGCAGGGACGCAUCGGGAAACUGUACGACGCAAUGGGCGAUGAUGACAUUGAAUCAGAGGGAUCGGUGGCCCUAAAGAACGCCUGGGGAGAACUGGCUGCCAUCGAGAAGGAAACUCGUCGCUAUAAGGAAAUCCGAGAAAGGACGGAGCAUGAACUGGAGCAGUGCCGCCAGAAGGGAGUAAAGCUGGAGGAUGAGCUGCCAGAGCGCAUCAGUAGCGACGAGGAGCGCGAACUGCUGGCUCUGCUCUGCCGAGUCCACGAAUUGGAGGCGGAUAAGGUUUCCCUGCAGGCGGAGCGACUGGCUCGCCAGGCGGAACUGCGUCGUCGUGACCUUCAGCUGCUGCGGGCGGAGAGACAGAGACGCCUCUGCGAGGACAUCAUCAGCUCCCAGAGGCGACUCAUCGAGGAGGGCAACGUGGACCUGCCGGACGAACUGCGGGAGCUCUAUGGACUCUACCAGCAAGAGAUCCACGCAGGUGUGGUCACUCCCAGCACCAGCAACUAUGAGAGGAAGCUGCCGCCCAUCUACACAGCGGGAUCGGACUCACCUGGUUCCAGUUCCAGUUCGGAGUGGUCCCCAGCCUCGCCCCUGCCGCAAAUCGAUAACCAUAAUGAUCCCGUGGAUCGAGUCAUGGGUCCGCCAGUAAAUCCGCGUCUGCCCCGACUUUCUACGGCCACGAACGCGGCAAUUCCGGGCGGAGGUCCUAGAAGACCUUCGCUUCGAGUGGCCAGGAAUCCACAUCCACAUCCGUAGGUGUAGUGGAUUCCAAUGAAGGGAAAAGUGCUCAGGAAUAGCUGUAACUGAAAGUUAGGAUUACUACGAAGGUGAUGCGACAGGCUGCUCAAACUACUUAGUGUAUUAUAACUUCUACCAUCUCACGCGCUUAAAUGUGUUUUGCAUCCUCGA